AUGGCGAGUUCAUCGAUGGAAGCCACGCAACAAAAGGUGAAAAGUGCUGUUGACGAGAUGAUCGAUGAUAUGGAUCGUAACUAUUUGCGCGAUAUGCAGAGACAAAUGUUUCUCUGCUCGGCGAAAUGUUGCGAACACAAGACGAGCAGUCGCGAAGCGGUUGAGAAUUGUGUGGAAAAGUGUAAUAGUGGAAUGAAAACAGCCCAAAAAACACUAGAAAGGGAGCUCGGCGGACUUCAGGAUCAACUUUCUCGCUGUGCUAUGACAUGCUACGACAAAUUGGUUCAAAAGUAUGGUCCUGAUGCUAGUAAAUAUACUGAAACCCAG